UUAAAGAUAAGUUUAUUAGAAACUGGUGGAUUUGGGCCGAAAUAAAAAAUGCUAAUAUUUUUUCCCUCCAAUAUCUUCCGCCAUAUACAAAAGAAGCAAAUAAAUAGUAAACGUUGUAAGAGAAGAACCUAAACACCUGAGAGAAGUGCGAAAUGGAGAAUCCAAAAUCAGCGCCGACGGGUUGCUACAAAUGCGGAAAGACAGGCCACUGGUCCCAUGACUGCCCCGAGGCCCUCAAAUCCGAUCAUCCCAAUCCCGGAAAACCCGGAUCCGGUAUCCCAAAUCCCGUCGGAAAAGGCUGCUACAAGUGCGGAAGACCCGGUCACUGGGCUCGUGACUGCCCCGAUCAACCCAAUCUCAACGCUUCCUCUGCCGCCUCCGCCGCCCUCAGCUAUACUCCCAAUCAGCUCCCUAGACCCGAAAAGCCCAAGAAAGUAUCCAAAAGCAGAACCCGACCCAAGCUCACACCUGAACUUCUCCUCUCCGAUGAUGGUAUCGGUUACAUCCUUCGCCACUUCCCUCGGGCUUUUAGGGACCGCGGUCGCAGUCACGAGGCCAGUGAUUUGAGAAACUUAAUUGGGUUGUACAGAGAGUGGCACAAGUAUUUGCUCCCUUAUUACUCCUUUGAUCAGUUUGUACAUAAAGUGGAUAAAGUUGCUUCUUCCAAACGUGUUAAGAACUGUAUUAGAGACUUAAGAGAGCGAGUUGCUAGAGGAGGGGAUCCUACAAAAUUGCAUGAAAGUCCAGAUGAAUUUAAUGGCCCCAGCGAUGGGCAAGUGGCUGGACAUUCUGAGGAACAAACUCAUGCCCACUAUGAGGUAGAUCAUGUAGAUGAUAUUCAAGACAGCAUGCUUAAUGAGAUUUACCAGAAAGUUUCUGAGGAACCAUCUCAUGAGAUACCCACCCCUAUGGUUUCUGCUGAAGUACUCGCAGCUAGUGGCUCUAGGCCGGAACAAAUGCCAAAUAAUGAAGCUAACUGCUCUACUGAAGUUCAUAUUGCAGAAGAACAGAGAGCUCGGAUGGAAGCUAACAAGUUGAAGGCACUGGAAAGAGCUGCAUCUGCCUCUAGUGAUCAAAUCACAGAAGAGCAGCGUGCUCGCAUGGAAGCUAAUCGGUUAAAAGCAUUAGAAAGAGCAGCAGCUCGAGCUCGAUCUUUGCAGUCAGCUUGACUUCCAACUGUCAACUAUUACUAUUAUUGUUUUUUCUUUCCCCUGCUUUUUGUGAACUUUCCUGACUGGAAUUCCGAGAUAAAGACAAGUAGGGCAUCAUACUUUUGCAAAAUUAUAGUCACUGCCUUCUUAUGAGAACCAACGUCAUAAUGGCAUCAUCUGUAGUAUAGCUUGGCAUUGUUACUCUUCUGCGCUUGUCACUACAUAUGUUUUUGCAUUAUAGCAGAAAAUGGCUUCUUUUCUUUCAAAUGUUACAGGUAGUUUUGUGCACAA